AUGAACCUAGCAUCUGGCGCUCGGAUCCUCGCGUUGUUGAGGCUGGCGGCUUUUGCCACUGCGCAGACACCCUCCGCAUCGUUUGCAUAUCCACCCGCGGAAUCUACAGACACGCCUCGCCUUACGAUUAAUGUGCUCGAUACAGUCAAAGUGGAAUGGGUGUCGAAUUAUGCGCAGACGUGGCUCUACUUGUGGUGCGACGAGUACAAGGCUGAAGAUGGUGGAGCAAGAGUGACUUAUGAAUGGUUCAGCAAAGAGGUGUUCGCCUCGGGGGAUACAACUUACACUCCGUGGGAUGCGCUCGAGUCCGACACCAACAAUCGAACUGGAAAAUUUCCAUACGCAUGCCAUUUUGAUCUCGUCUACGACAAAAAUCAGCGAUCAGCCGUCAGUGGACCCAAUCUCAACAUCACGUCAAGGGAAGGCGAAACGAUCGCAACUACCUUUGGGCGCCGUGCGACUCAGAUCAGCACAACGGUACCGACAUCAACCUCGUCGUCUUCCGUGACGAGCACUGUCAGCCAGACUGCCUCAUCCGGCACUGCAACAAAUUCAAUAAGCCCUCCGCCAUCAGUCGCCAAAGACGGCCUCUCGACUGGUGCUAAAGCAGGCAUCGCCAUCGGUGCUGUCUUUGCUGUGAUCGCACUCGCUGCUGUGGGAUAUCUGUUCUACCGCAACCACCGCAGAAUCAAAGAGCUAGAAGCGAGAAGCCUCCCUCAGGGGACGGAUACAGAACCAAAGGCAACACCGACGGAGUACUACAGACAGAAUUAUCAGCCUGUGCCGCCGUCAGAGCUGGGCCAGCAUCCAACGUACGAACUACCAGCACAGCCACAGGAGCUCUCUGGCGUGGAGGCAGCCAACAAGCAACGCUGA